AAUUUAUAAGUUGAAUAAAAUUUUUCUAAUCAAAGCUUAUUUCUGUUUCUAUGAAAAAUGUCAAACAUAGUUCCUUCUAAUGAACCAAAUAACACUUCUUCUUCUUCAGAAACUUCAAUUUCUUCACCAAUAACUUCGACUUCCACUGAACAUAAACCAGCUUUGCGUAGAAAUCGCCCUGGAACCAAACUCGAAGAUGCUUAUCAAUUUCCUCACAUUUCACUAGAUCAGAUUGACUCUGCUUUUGCAUUACAAGAGUAUUUACAGUCUCUGAUAAGAGCUAACCGAGAAAACAUAGACGCUUUGGUGGAGUUACCGGCUGGACAAGAUAAAGAAACUUGGCAAUAUGAACAUUUGAGACAAUUAUGUCUCGAGCUAAAUUAUCUCGUAAUUCAACUAGAAGCCGAAUGCACUAGUCAAACUUGUCCUGAGAUGAAGGCUGAUGAUUGGCAAUAUCUUUGUGCAGCACAUCAAGCUCCAUUGAAUUGUUGUGCAAUCGAUUACAUUGUUCAUACGUUAGAUGGAGCAACUACCCUAUUGAAUAGCCAUAAAUAUUUUCCUAGCAGGAUUUCAAUUCCAGAGACAUCACUUAAACAUUACCAAUCUAUUGCAAGAAGGCUUUAUCGAAUAUUUGCACAUACAUGGUUUCACCAUCGAGAAAUAUUUGAAGCUUUUGAAAAUGAAAACAUGUUAUAUGCACGUUUCUUGAAGCUAUCGGAUCGUUACGAAUUAAUAGCAAAAAAUCUUUUAAUUAUCCCGUAUAAUAAUAAUAUUAAUGAUAAUCAAGAUACUCAUAAUAAUCACAAUAAUGAAAGUAGCGAAAUUUUUAGUCGUGACAUGGAAUAAAUAAUAGUAUAACAUUAAGUUAUUAAUAAAAUGUCAUUGCACAUAAUUAUAAAACUGCCAGAAGUUACACAAACUGGAAAAUCACGUGAUUAAUUUCACUCGUACAACUUAAAUUUUUUCUUGGUUCUUAUUUUCC